UUACCUUACCAUGCUUAUAACCUAACCGCUUUUCUGUGUAUGCACUACCAAAAGGUUAAUAAACUGUUUUCUUUACUUAAUUCCGCAAAUAAAUAGUAAAAAUGAGUUUUAACGGAUUUAAAUCAAUAAUUCAAGAAGGUGACAUUGUGGUACUGUAUGUAUCAUUCAAUCAAAUGCACCCCAUCAAAGCAGUCAAGCAAAUUACAACAAAAAAGGGCAACUUAGUAGACAACAUUUUCCAAACACCUUAUGGAGCUCUGCACUGUGCCGAAUUAAUUGGAAAAGAAUUUGGAUCUAAAAUUAAUUUGUCCAAAGGAUAUGUCUUUGUACUACAACCUACAUCAGAGUUGUGGACUCUAAUGUUACCACAUAGAACACAAAUCAUCUACACACCUGAUAUUAGUAUGAUUGUACUACAAUUAGAAUUGAAACCUGGUAGUAUUGUAAUUGAAAGUGGAACUGGCAGUGCAUCAUUGUCCCAUGCACUAAUUAGAACUAUAAAACCAACGGGUCAUUUGUACACAUUUGAUUUUCAUGAGGAAAGAACCAAGACUGCACAACAAGAGUUUGAAGAACAUGGAUAUGGAGAUUAUGUUACUGUAGCUCACAGAGAUGUCUGUGCCACUGGGUUUGGGAAUGGACUUGAUCAAAAAGCAGAUGCCAUUUUUCUAGACUUACCACAUCCAUGGAAAACAAUAGAAUAUGCUGUGCAAUGUUUAAAGGAAGGUGGAAGGAUUUGUUCCUUUUCACCAUGCAUUGAACAAGUACAGAAAACGUGCACACAUUUGACUAAAUUUGGGUUUACAGAGAUAGAAACAAUUGAAGUAUUACAAACACAACUUUCAGUUCAAAGUAGAAAUAUGACUUCUUUGAACUUUGACUUUUUAAAGGAAGAAGGAUCUAAUAAUUCCAUGGAUUAUGAUAAAAGUAAAGAGAAACAAAAUGUUAGAGUGGUGACUGCUGUCUCACCUACUACACAAGCUGGACAUACAGGAUUUCUAACAUUUGCAACACUCAUUCCAUCAUGGAGUACACAAGGAGAUUUAGAUGAUAGUAUUAACUAAUGUUUUCUAUGUCAUUGUAUAUAAUUAAAGCUUCAUUUGAUUUAAA